AUGGGAGAGGCGGUGCCGAUGAAGCACGGAGGCCCGCGCGGGAUCCUCAAGCUGACGCACGAGACGCCGGCCUUCCGCACGCACCCGCGCACUCAGACGAGGGAGGAAACCGGCAGCAAGAGAGACGAGAGGACUAUGACACCCGCCAUAAAAACGGUAUGGUGGGUGGAGGGCUCUCUGCUGCCGCGGCGCCCCCGUCGGCGUACCGCUCCGGUGACGACUCGCGCGCUGCGAGGUGUCUUUUGGCAUGUGAGCGCUGGCUAG